AUGUGGAAAAAGAACAAGACCAAGACCCCACAAUACGCCUACCCCGGGCCCAGCACCGGCUCAGGUCCCAUCUCCGCCGGCCCCGCUCCUCCCGCCUACACCUCUGACCCCCCAUCCUCCCUCACCGACACCCUGGAAAACCUGUCCAUCUCCCAGUCUCCCACCGCAGUUCCAACAGAGGCGCACUGCCUCGCACACCUCCGCCUCCUCUGCGCCUUCAACCGCCUCAAGACGGAGACAGGCUACCGCAACGGCCUCUGGAACAUCUUCGACUCCCGUGCGGGACCCCAGGCCUCAGCCACCAACGGGAAAAGCGCCGCGAUCCCGGACCCCGCUGAACCCAAUAUAGAUAUCCUCGUCAAGCUCCGCGAGAAGCGAUGGGCCGUCUACGUCGCGCGCGCAGUCUCGCGCUACGAAGCGUGGUGGUCUUCCUUCGUCCCGGACAUGCUCCUCGAGAAAGACAUGCUCGACCCAGACGAGGGACGGAGGGAUCGGUAUGAGGGAUUCGUGACACGCGAAGGCAUGGUGUGGAACGCGGACAUGCUGCCGCCACUGGACGUCCUCCUCGUCUGGCACGCACACAUGCUCAACCCCAGAAUCUACCUCGAAGACUGCCUCCGCUACGGUCACGCCGCGCUCUGGGCGGCGGGCAUGCCCUGGGCGAUUGUCAAUGCCGCCAUCCGCGGGCCGGCGUUCGAGUACGUCGUCUCGGAGACGUGCGUCGCCCACUGGACGUCGCGGACGAACCUCGCCUGGAGGAACGAAGACGACCCAGACACGAAAGAGAUCAAGUGUCCAAGCUGCGCUGCGACGGUCUCAGUCCCGUGGACGACGUGCGGGCAGGAGGAGGGUUAUCAGGGGAGUCACCGCCCCGGCCUCUCAGGCUCCGGCCUCGCAGACGGCCACCUCUCGCAAACCUGCCCCUGUACCUUCACCAUAACUCACCAAGCCCUGCGAACCGCCAAAUUCCUCGCAGACAUCCAAGCGUCGAUAAAGCAAGGCCACGCGAUGCCAGGCACGAUUCUCGACCUGCAGAGCGGAAUGCCGAAGCUCCUUUCAUCCGCCUCCUCGAGCAGCACGUCUUCCCCGAUCCCAGACCAGCUGUUCCCAUCGCACCUCGCCCGUCGCGGUCUUCUCUCCCCUGUGCUCUCCCUUCUGAUCCCCGGCUCCCCGACGCCCGCGUCCAUGACUGCCGUCCGCGACGUGAUGGAGGAGACCUUCACGGGUAAGUUCGCGGACCCGAAGAAUCUGCGGGAGGUCAUGUCGCGGCACGGGCACAAGAAGGUCACGGAGUUCAGGCUGAGCCUGGAAGGUCGACGGCAGACACGGAAGAUGAUGUCGCGAUACUGGGAGAACGCCAGUCUGUUGGGAAUUGAUCUCGUGGGCUCCGUGAUGAGGCAGGGCGUGUUUACUGAAAAGAUGUGCAAGGUCAGCUCCUCCCCUCGUGACCUUUCUAUGCCAAACCUUUGGGCCGAGUAA